AUGGCUCUUGAAAUUCCCAUGGAAGUCACCCUCAUUAUGGGCCCUAGAAGCGAGGACCGUUCUCCAGAGAGCGCCGCCACGCGCAUCGGGCUGGGCGCUCGUCUGCUCCAGAGCCUCACGGCCGAGAAGAUCCACGAGGCUGGCCACGGGCGCAAGACCUUCCAGCUGGAGCGCGACCUCGACGGGCCCGAGUGCCUAGUGAUGCACAGCGUGUUACACGUGGACCGCGCCCGGGCCAUGUCACAGCGCGAGCUCUGGGAACUGAUUGGCAGGGAAUUGAUGACUGGGCCACUCGCCUCCAAGGACCGGAAGUAUCUGGCCUUUUUGUCCUGCACGAGGUACAGGGGUGCCCCGAAUCCUCGGACCCACGAAGACACCCUCGCUAGGACUCAGGGCCAUGCGGCUCUAGGCGGGGGUGGACUCGCGCUAUUUGGCUCGGCUUGUCUUCACACGUGGCCCACUUGUAUGGCACAGGUGCUGGCGCGCUUCCUCGACACGACGGCGAUCGACACCGAGCAGCUAAUGGACGACAGCAACUACCGGGGCACGCACGGGGGCUGCCUGGCGACCACCCUCGGCUCUGUGCUCCACGAGCUCGGGCACACCUUCGACCUGGGGCACACGCGGGACGGCAUCAUGGGCCGAGGCUUCGACUACGUGGACCGCGUGUUCGUCGGGGCGGCUGGCAUCGACUCGAACCGCAACCCCGUGCGCCGAGAGCCCCAGCACACCACGGUGGCCCUGAGCAGGCCGCUCAGCGUCACGGUUACGGUCCAGCAGCCCCCUGUGGCCAGUCCCAGGCGCAAUCGGCUGCUUUCGGAGACCUCGAGCCGGUCCGGUGGCCUGGUUGGCUUCGAGGCCAGUGGCACCAGAACCCCCGGCAGGCUAUCGGCCCCGGCUAGCCCCGAGCUCAACCGGUCCUUCGCCAGGAGCAUAGCGGCGAGCGCCGAGACACCCGCCCAGACGGACCGCACUUACUGGGGCGGCUCGUGUGCCGCUCUGCUGGCCCACCAUCGUUGGUUCAACUCGGAUUUGGACAAUGUGCGCCGGCUCAACUGCAACGAUCUCAAGUACGACGCCAAGAGGAACGUGGUGCGGUCGCGCUUCGGCGUGCGGAUCAUCGAGCUGCGUGAAUCGGUCGGAGGACUGGUCGUGGCAUCGCGUCAGUUCCCAGGCAACCACCUGACCCUGGAGGCGAUGGUACCGCCACCACCACCCCAUUGUCUCGCAGCCCUGACUCUCGUCGCCGAGGACUCAGUCGGCAGUAUCCUAAAACACCCCUUGCCUACGGCGUUUUAGGGACUACGCUGAAAUGAACAAAAUAACGUUUCGGUUUUUAAAAGCACUGAUUGAAGAGAGUCACUGUCACUCAUACAAUGUCUGUAGAGAUAAAAACGGGCUUGAGCACUCGUGCAGUUCUAGCAUGUGUGGCAACAGAGGCAGAUUACGACGACUAGCUCACAAACUGCUAAACCAUGUUUGGUAGGAGCGACAUGAAAAUACAUACGUUUGGUUCAAAUGGUCAACAUUUUUUUUCAAACCAAAUGUUACCCAGAGUCUGAAUAGCAAUAAAUGUAGUUUUAUAACUCAGGCAAUCUAAUUUAUAUGCAUUUUUAAAGCUGGUUUUAGUAAGAAAAUGCAAGAAAGGCAAAAAUGUGUCUGAAUAAACAAAUUUUUAACUGAAGUAGUUUGAUAAGUAAUUGUUGGAAAAAUAUAACAAAAAUUGACGAGAAGGAUAAAAUUAAUCGAUAUUUUUUUUCAUACAACAAUCUAUGUACUAGUGAAUUUACUCCUAAGGAUACAUUUUAAUAUUCAUACUACUUUGUAUCUCUUGUUUUGAUGAUAAUAGAGUAUAUGCAUUCUUUUUAUCGUGAUCUGGAACAACAUACUAUUUUUUACGUCAGUUUUAACCAUCAUGUUUCGUUGAAUUUCUUGUCUUCAUCAAAAAAUUUUAAACCGAUUUCAACUCAAACUUUUUCUAAUUGUAUAAAUUUUCGCUUAUAUCCGUCCAUAAAUAAGUAACGCUUGGUGCUGCGUGAAAAGGAGAUUAUUUUAUUUUGUUUCAUAUAAUAUUAAAGUAUGAUAAUCUUUUGUGUCGUAGCAUAAACAAUUUUUUUAUAAUUAAAACAGCUAAACAAACAUUUGGAACGAGCAAAUCAAUAUCAAGAGAAUAAGAAAACUGUUAAAAAUUUGGGCAGGUAUAGUUUUUUUUUUUUUUAGUUUACGAAGAUACUUAUAGAGUUACAUAGAUUCAUCUCUGUCGCUCUUUCACGUUUUAUCCAUUAGUAUGCUCGUUUUGCAGUGUACAAAAAUGUUUCCAAAUGCCUCUGAUGUCAGAUGUGUGAGAACUGCAUGUACACUUAAGAUUUAUAAGCUGCACACACUUUAAUAUGUAACAAGACUGCAGUUUGGGCAGUGCUCCAUAAAACUGAAAUAAUGAUUUUUUAGUCUCAGCGUAAUCGUGUAGCUAACGUUGCCGUCAAAGUCACGAAUAUCCAUUCCAUGCAUGUACCUCAUCCUCCGCGUUAAAUCUGAGGUAGACAAAUAAUGAUAAUACUAACAAAAGAUUGAUUGUAGGAUAUCUCAAUAUCAAAUUUUCACAACAAUACUAUUCAAAUGAAUGAAUAAUAAACAUCGAUUUACUCGUACUUACACGGUUUUUUCAACAUAUUCUAGUCUCUAUUAAUUUAUAUAAAUGCGUAAACGUUAAGGUGAAAAUGUGGAGCAGAAUAUAAUUCCAGUUCACGGUUUUAAUAUUGAAUGCGUGAAAGCAGUAAUGAUAAUAAUUGUAGAAUUUUUCGUAAACCAUCAACAAACAGUAUUAAAAUUGUCACUUGAUUGUCAAUUGGAUGAAAAGUGACCAUUACUUGCAAAAACCAUGUAAUAAACCCAUAAAGGUGCUAUAGAUACAUCUCUGCACUAAAAGUCAUAAUUUUUAUGUAUUUUAACAUAAAUCUCUGUGCCGUACUUUUCCUUUCAUCGUCCGUAUGCCAUCAUGUUUUACUUAUAAUCACGCGUAGCUGUACGACGAAAAAAAAUUGCUUCGAGCAAGCUUUCGAUGUUUUCGAAUAAUCGAUUACUCUACACGCUAUAAUUCUGCAAAUAGCAUUAAAAAAUAUUGGUACUUAUUAAUUUUACGUAUUAUACUUUGUAACGGCGGAGUUUGGUGGCCUUCAUGUUUCCGAGUGAAAACGUUGCCUUUAGAUACUUUUCUAUAUAUGUGAAUGAGCACAAUACAAAUGAGCAAAUAAAUCGUAGCAAAACGAUUCCCACAGAAAAAUAGAGAGUAUAUAUAUUCUUGAUCUCUAGCAACUUUAAAAAUCGAUUAUUUGGAUUACCCACAAAGUUACGUGAUCAUCACUCAUUCGAUGUGAAUCUUGAUAGUGUAUCGAAGUGGUGUAUGACAUGGUCUCUCUUGAGAGCUUUAAUUGCGAUGAAUUCGCAAAAAUAUGUUGCCUAAAACAUUUGUAUAUCAUGUGUUGUCGGAUCAGAUUGACAUUUUAUAAGUUCCUAUGAGUCUUACAGUCCAACCAAAUAAUCAAAGAGUAGAGAUAAAACUAGUUUUCACAGUUGAAUGCAUUUUUAAAGAAAUUCGUUCGUCUCAGUUGUUCAUAUGAUUGUUUGUUACGGUAGACAUAUAUGUACAAUUGAUGUACAAGGAUCGUAUGGUGUACGUGAAAAAGCAAUAUCUUUCUUGUAAUAUCGCAAAAACAAUGGUAUUUAUUUAGGUAGGUGUCGACGUCAACGUGUGAAUCUAGUCCAAAAGCCUGAGUCAUGUUCCUCUUAGCUUACUUCUUCUCAUGUGCGCAUGAUUGAGUGAGAAAUACAUCUAAAAUAUACUGAGAUAAGUGAUCCACAUAUCAAAAGUGGAUCAAAAAGUUUUCUCAAAAAAUAGAAGAAGAAUUAAAAAUAUAAUUAUGUUCAGUGAUAUCAAUACAUGGUUCAUUUAACUUUUGCCUGGCGUUAUCAUCACCAUUGGAUUCAUGAUGACUUUUUGUAAUAAACGCGAGUAUUAUUUAAUUCUUUAUUUUAUUAUGUAUAAAAUUAUUAGUUUAUACAAAAAAAUGUUGUAUCAAACAAACUCGUCGAGCUUGUUCAUAUCAUUAGCCUCAUACUUAUUAUUAUAAGCCACGACCCUUGGAUCACUUACCUCAUGACUAUGUAUUAGAUUAACCACACCACAUUGUGUGUAUCAUCAACAAAAAAGCUUUCCUGCACCCUUUCAAGAUAUAGUAGUAGUACUGUCGGUACUUGACUAGAAAAAUGUAUAACUUAUACUAAAACUGCCAAUACUUGUGAAGUUAUUAUUAAAAAAUCAUGAAAAAAUGUACAGUUAAUCCUCAUUAUACACGUAUAAUGUGUGCUAGAGGUCAAACCACUUUGUUGUUUACUCAGUAGAAAUCAAAUUUACUUUUUUUGUAUCUUAAUUUUUUUUUAUUUUCUUUAGAUCCUAAAAUAGCUUUAGUUCAAUUCGCAUUAAACUGGAAAAGUUUAUGAUUUUCCAUAAACUCUUUUUUCAACCGACAAAAACAAAAGUGUCAAUAAUGUUUUCUCAGAUAAUCAAGUAAGUAAUUAACCCGACGGUACUACCUUAAGCCUUACGUUCACCAACUCACUUGUUCAACAAAUCACCAAUCCAGUAACGCCCUGACUAUACAAAUAUAAUAAUAUACUUUAAUUUAAAUACACAACACACACAUGUACUAAUUGCACAAAAUAAACUCCAACAGUAAAGUAUUAUUACACAAGUAAGAAGAUAUCGAUUGCAAAGUCAUUAAAAUAGCAGCAAACAAAUAGAAAGUGAAAAAAUUAACUACUAAAAAUACUUUGUAGCAACUGAGAUGAUCAACAACUUAAAUGAAGAUAUUAAUCUAUUAUCAGAAAGAAAUGCGGUGUACAAAUUUUGCAAACCACGUUUUGCAGUAUAGAUUAAUUAUUCAUACAAGUUUUUUCCUUACAAAAACAGUAAUGAUUUCCUUGUGUACUAAAAUCCCACAUGUACAGUAUUAUUAGUAUCGUUAUACCGAUAAACUUUGAAUUGAUGAUAAUUUAUUCUCGUAACCAAUACAUAAUUAUAAAAUUAUGUAAUAGUACGUAAGGUCACGUAUAUAUACAAAGACAAUAUAACUAUAAAGUGAUGCUAAUCUACAGCUAGCUUCUGUCAAAAGAGUUAAAAAUAUGAUUCGAGUAUGUUAAAUUAUUUUUAGCUUACGUUUUUGUUUUAAUAAUAAAGAAUA